AUGUCCAUGGCUGUUCAUCAUAGCACAGGCACGCAUACAUGGACCAGUACACGGCCUAUUCCAUUAGAAGAGUGGCUUAAUCGCAGCGAAUACACUGAACAUUGGUUAGAUAAACUAGCCAAGCAAUUAAACUCAGCUGAGAGUUUUGAUGCAAGCAGUGGCGAAUUUCACAUUGAACUGUUGUUUUUUAAGAAUCGUCAACGCGGAAGCGGUCGUAAAGGCAAAAAAGGAAACCUCGGCAGUAUGUCUAAUGAAGACAUGCUCAAAAAGAAGAAAUGCCUUAUCACGAUCAAGAAUAAAGAUGAACUUUGUGCUUCGCGCGCAAUUGUCACGAUGCAAGCCCUUGCUGAUGGAAAUCCACAGUAUAAGACCCUCAAAAAUGGUAGCGGUCAGCAAGGCUAUCUUGCCCAUAAACUUUGUCAAGAAGCCGGGGUAGCUGAGGGAUCGUGUGGUGCCGAAGAAUUGCUGCAGUUUCAAGAUUAUUUAGGUCCUCGAGAUUAUCAGAUCAUUGUCUUUGAAGGACAACGAGGCAUGAUUUGGUUCAAAGACCGCGCUUACAAUGAUGCAUCCAAAAAAAUUUGUCUGCUCAAAGUAGAAAAUCACUUUCACGGGGUGCGUAGCAUUCCAGCCCUGUUAAACAGAUGUUUUUAUUGCCAUCACUGCGAGAAAGGCUACAGCAAUGAGACGGCCGAAAAUCAUAAUUGCCGGGGGCAGAACUGUAGUAGUUGCAGAAGAACGAAUGGAGCUUGUCCUAAUUUCGCGACCUAUGUGACACCAGAAGUUUAUUGUGAUCAAUGUAAUCAAACGUUUUACGGACAGAACUGUUAUGAUGCACACAAACAAGGAGCGAAUAGUGUUUGCAGUCGAUUUAAAAAGUGUCACGAAUGCUGUCAAGUUUACAAGUUCCAUCCCAAAAAGAAACAUCGCUGCUAUCACGCUCUUUGCCGAAACUGUAAGGAAGUCACACACGUCAAUCACCGUUGUUUUAUUCAACCCAUUGUGGAUGAAGACAAAACAGCGUGGGGUCCGCGUAUGGUCUCAGAGGAUGCGACCGAAGAAAGGAUGAUGGAUUUUGAAGAGGCAGAGAGCGAAGGAGACAGUGAAGGAAAAGAAAAAGUGGAAGCCAUGAUUUGUGCCAUGGACUUUGAAUGUACGCAGAAUGAAAUCGAAGAGUUUGAAGUAGUGCGUGUUGGAUGGAAAUAUCUGGAUGAGAACGAUGGUUAUCAGGAAGCGGGAACGGCGAUGGAUGUGUUGCGUGACGCGCAAGCGAGAACUGUCACGGAGGACGGAAAAGAACGCAAAAUCUAUGUGUAUGCUCACAAUAUGCGUGGGUUUGAUUCAUCCUUUAUUUUGCAUGCUUUGUAUGAUCUGGGCUACCAGAUUGUGAAAGUAUUGAGUGUGGGAGCCAAGUAUUUGUCGUUCGAAUGCGGUAACCUUAUUUUUCGUGAUUCGUUAAAUUUUUUUAAUAUGGCAUUAGAGAAAUUACCGGCGACAUUCAAUUUGACGGCAACACACAAGGGAUUCUUCGCGUAUUCGUGGAUACGCGAAGACAAGUAG